AUGGAUUUAAAAUUUGGCAUCAUGUCAAAGGAGCAUGAGAAUAUGGCCUCGGAAAUGAAAGACGACGAAGCGGGGAGGAUUCUUAUCGCUUGUACGCGAUGCAAGGUGCGCAAGAGGCGCUGCGACGGGCAGAAGCCCAAGUGCCGCGGCUGCGCUACCCACGGCUGGGAGUGUCAGUAUUCUACUAUCCGACGAACCCGUGGCCGAGGACGCCGAGACGCACAACCAGUUCCGGCAUCCAAGACACCGACUAGUGACGGUGGCGAGGGUCUAUUCUCCUUCGAUGCGUCUCAUCGCCAAGUCCACAUUAACCGCUGGAUACCAACACUGCCCGACUUUCUCGUCAAGGCCAACUUUGCGCAGCACUUGCAGGCUCUCCGCGCGAGCAUCGUGUCGGACCACCACCAACGUGAUGAUGAUGACGAUGACGACGAGCGCGGGCGGCGCUUCACGCCGCUUCCGCCGCAAGCCAUGGGGACGCGCCUCAUCCGCAACUCGUACCCGCACAUUGCCGCGUCACAGCUACUCGACUGGCCAGAUUUCGUACACGUUCUCGAUGCGCAAUACGCAGACAAGCCAGGGCAGCCGGCGGCGCGGUGGGCGCUGGUGAAUGCCGUCAUGGCGGACGCGGUGCGCUUCAAGACGGCACCAGGCGCCGAGGCGGUCAUGGAGCCGCUGCUGCGUGCGCUAUGCAGAAACGCGAGGAUGGUGAGGACGGAGCUGGUGUGCGGAGAGGCGAGUGUGAUGGCGGUGCAGGCGCUACUCUGCAUGGCCGCCGUGGCCGCCAAGGACCAACAAGACGGUGGUAGCGAAUGCGGUGAAUUGUCAAUGUAUGCCCUGCAGCAGUUGCAAAUGCUGCGGGGAUCGAAGGAGGACGACAAGGCAGAGUGCCAGCGCGCGUGUGAGUUUGCGGAUGCGAUGAGUUUGGCAUCUUGUUGA